AUGGGUCUCCUCUCGCGCAUAUUUGCUACUGGAGAAGAAGGCAGUGAUCGCAAACUUAAUGCCUACAAUUUGUGGAUGCUGUUGUUCGUUUCGAUCGGGUCUCUGUCCUAUGGAUACACUGCCUCCAUUAUUGGAUCGACCUUGGGACAACCGACUUUCGUCUCAUACUUCGCUCUUGCGACUCGUCCGAAUGGCACACAGCUCAUUGCUGCAACGAAUGGGCUAUUCCAGGCCGGUGGAGUCAUCGGGACACUCACACUGCCUCUCUUCACGGAUAAGUGGGGACGUAAGGCUGGCAUCGGCGUCGCGGCCUUCAUAGCCAUGGUCUCCGGUGCAGCGCUGGCGGGUAGUACUCACAUCGUUGUCUUCCUCGUCUUUCGCUUCAUCGCCGGAGCGAGCGCAUUCAUGAUCCUGGCUGCCGUGCCUAUCUGGAUGUCCGAAGUCGUACCGGCUCAUCUCCGUGGAGCUCUCGUCAACGUCCAUGCCAUCUCCUUGGUUACCGGCUAUGCGAUACAAGCUUGGAUCGGUUUCGGCUUCUACUGGUGGAGUGAAGGCGGCAACUACACAUGGCGUGUACCGAUCAUGUUCCAGUGCUUAUGGCCUUUGAUGUUGCUCUGCGGAUUGUACUGGGUUCCCGAAAGUCCUCGCUGGCUUCUCAUGAACGAUCGACCAGAAGAAGCACGAGCUAUUCUUCUCCGUCUCCACGACGAUGCCUCCGAUCCGCAUCAUUCGUUCGCCCGCUCGGAGUAUGUUCAGAUUGAAAAACAGCUGGCACUUGAUCGUACGCUUGAUGAUCGCUGGAUGCACAUCUUCCGGAAGCCGUCGUUGAGGAAGAGGCUGUGGCUUACGUUAGGCACCACGGCUUUCAUUCAGUGCUCGGGAGUGCUCGUCAUCAAUAACUACGGCCCGCUCUUGUACAAAAGACUUGGCUUCUCCGAAACCAAGCAACUGCUCUAUCCAGCCGCGUGGUUGACACUGGCAGUCGGCCUGAACAUGAUGGCAUCGUUCUUGGUCGACCACUUCUCUCGCAACAGGUUCAUCGCCGUGGGUGUGUUCGGCUGCAUGGUCACACUCAUCAUCGAAGCAGCAUUGCUAGCUCAGUUCGCCAACUCGAGCAAUGAGGCCGCUUUGCAAGCUGCCGUUGCAAUGCUCUUCAUUUUCGAGAUUCCGUACGACUGGUGUCUCGACGGACUGCAAUUCACAUACAUCGCUGAGAUCUGGCCGGCCCACCUGCGUGCCAAGGGUAUGUCCGCAGGCGUAGCGAUGAUCUCGUUGAUGAACAUCAUGUGGCUUCAAGCAGCGCCAACUGCAUUCGAAAACAUCGGCUGGAAGUUUUAUCUUGCUUUCAUCAUCCCUGGCACGAUCGGCAGUGUCAUCAUCUGGUUCUGGUUUCCGGACACGAAGGGAAAGCCUCUCGAAGAAGUCGCAGCCAUUUUCGGAGACGUCGGUAUGUCAAGAAUUUGA